GGCAGGAGGGGGGGUAUAUGUUCAGCCUCUGAGUUAAGGAGAAUUUGCUGCUUCUGGGUCCUUGCGGUUUAUAGAAGGGGCAGUCUUUUUUGUGCAUUCCCUUCAUAGCGCGAUCCCUUGGAAAAAGGAGGAUUCAUUACAUUUUUAUCCUAUUAUGCGAGAAAUGGGAAGUGAAUUUUCGGAAUGAAAAUGGCCAGAACAAUAAGAAGACGAAACCCUCGGGAACAGCUUGGAUCAACCACGUAAUAUAUUUAGGAUCAAAAUCCGUGGAAAGUUGUUUUUUUUUCUUUUCUCUUUCUUUUUUUUUAUGAAUAUCCCUCAUGUACUUUAAGUCGUUGGAAAUGUACAGUUGCCUGAAGACAGAGGCGGAGCGGAAAGUGUAGUUUUACCAUCAAGUUUCGCAGAAAGAUUGGCUGGAGGUGCCGAGCGCGGCGUGGUGCCUCUGCCCCCCCUGAGCGACGGCAGGAGCUCGCGGACGCGCAGGACGCCACAGGCCUGGGUGGAGCCCAUCAUGGCGGCCUGGCUGUGACCCGGGGCAACAGCACCAACGCAGAUACAGUUCGAUUUGGCGAGGGGGAGGCAGUGAGAGAAGACGAGGUGGAAGCGCGGCACGACCUAAAGUUCGAAAUGUUUCGGAAAAAAGCUUCAUCCUCCUUGAGAAUGAGAAGAAUAUCAGAAAGUAAUAGAUGGGGCAUUGACCGUGUCCGGAGUUCUUCGUUCCAUGAAGUACGGGCCCUGCAUGAGCUCGACAUGAGAGCCGCGCCGGAGGAGACGUCCAGCAGCAGCAGUGGUGGCAGCAGCACUGUCCUGCAGCGCCUCCUGCAGGAGCAGAUGCGCUAUGGCGAGGGCCGGAACUUUCUGGCCUUGCAGCAACAACAGCAGCAGCAACAGCAGGGGGCGGUAGUGAGCGGUGGGGGGCCAGGAUAUUCGGGUGGGGGUGGCCCAGGUGAAGACCACGCCACAGGCCCCCACAACGCCCGACAGGAGCCACAGGGCCAGGAGCUGCAAGCCGACGGCGGUAUGGAGAAGCAGCUGGGCCCUCGUAGCAACGGAGGGGGGAACAUGGCCGGUGGGGGAGGUGGAGGAAGCGGGAGUGGAGGAGGAGGUGUCGGAGGAGGCCAGGGCCCCAGCGCCGAAGAUCUGCCCACCUACGAGGAGGCCAAAGUGCAGUCGCAGUACUUCCGCGGGCAGCCGCAACAACAGCAGCUGCCUCCUUCGGUGGGCGCAGCAUUCUAUGUAACUGGCGUGAGCAACUCCAAGGUGCGCACCGAGGGCCGUGCGGCGGUGCAGCGCGUGGGGGCCGGCCGGGUGCACCAGGACGACGGGCUGAAGGACCUCAAGCAGGGCCACGUGCGCUCGCUGAGCGAGCGGCUCAUGCAGCUGUCGCUGGCCACCAGCGGCGUCAAGGCCCAUGCCCCCGUCACCAGCUCCCCACUCUCGCCACAGUCACCCCCACCCGGGCCCCCAAGCGACUACUUCAAGCCCCCAGUACAGCAUCGGGGCCCGCCGCCUGACUACCCCUUCAAGGGGGUGGCCUCCCCACCCAAGCAGCAGCAACCGCAGCCACCGACACAAGAACCGGGACACUACUACUCCGACCACCGUGGCAGCCAGCAGGGCCGCGCAGAACUGCCACAGGUGCGCUACCAGCCCCCCCCAGAGUAUGGGUCUUUCCGAUCGAGCAAGGAGGGCAUGGGCCACUCCCAGCGGACCACCCAUCACCAUAGUCCCACCUCCUCGGUCACGUCUGUGGGCUCCCUGUCCCGGACGCAGUCCUCCACCUUCAGCAGCCUCCUGGCUUCCUCUCACCCUCCCCCCAUGUCCCACCCCGUGGACCUGCCCUUCCUGAUUAGUCCUCGGAGUCCAGCCUCACACCAGGGCGACUCCUUUGGCCAGGGACCCCCGCACCCCCCACAGCAUCGCGCCCACGGAGGUUUCCCGGCAGACCCUUACCACUCUGUCCCCAGGGGUCUGACCCAGCACCAACAGCAGCCCCCCUACCAACAGCCCCAGCCGCCCCCUCUGCACCACCACCACCAGGCGCACUAUGCCCACCCGCACGGCCUGCAGGGGGAGCCCUACGCCAUGGUAGCACGCGCGCAGCAGAUGGUGGAAAUGCUGUCGGAGGAGAACCGGCUCCUGAAGCAGGAAAUGGAGGUGUGCUGUGAGAAGGUGACCAGGCUACAGAAGCUGGAGACGGAGAUCCAGCUGGUGUCUGAAGCCUACGAGAACCUGGCUAAGUCCUCCAGCAAGCGGGAAGCCCUGGAAAAGACCAUGAGGAACAAGUUGGAACUGGAGAUCCGCAGGCUACACGACUUCAACAGGGACCUCAGAGAGCGCAUGGAGACUGCUAACAAGCAGCUGGCCGCUAAGGAAUGCGAUGGGUCCGAAGAUAACCGCAAGACCAUCUCCCAACUUCUCGUGCAGAACAAGGAGACGUUGCGUGAGAAGGAGAAGCUGGAGAUGGAACUCAACGCCCUGCGCUCCACCAAUGAGGACCAGCGGAGGCACAUCGAGAUUCGCGACCAGGCUCUGAACAACGCGCAGGCCAGGGUGGUCAAGCUAGAGGAGGAGCUGAAGAAGAAGCAGGUGUACGUGGAGAAGGUGGAGCGCAUGCAGCAGGCCCUGGCGCAGCUGCAGGCCGCCUGCGAGAAGCGCGAACAGCGGGAACACCGACUGCGCACACGGCUGGAGCGUGAACUGGAGGCGCUGCGGCUGCAGCAGCGGCAGGGCAGCUCCCAGGGCAGCGGCACCGCCGGGGGGCCCGAGUACAGCACGGCGGCUCUGAUGGAGCACCUCCGCGAGAAGGAGGAGCGGAUCCUGGCGCUGGAGGCCGACAUGACCAAGUGGGAGCAGAAGUACCUGGAGGAGAGCGUCAUGAGGCAGUUCGCCAUGGACGCUGCUGCCACUGUCGCCACACAGAGGGACACAUCGGCUGGGAUCAGUCACUCCCCCACCAGCAGUUAUGACACCUCUGUGGAGGCGCGGAUCCAGAAGGAGGAGGAGGAGAUCCUGAUGGCCAACCGCCGCUGCCUGGACAUGGAGAGCAGGAUCAAAAGCCUCCAUGCCCAGAUCAUCGAGAAGGACGCCAUGAUCAAGGUGUUGCACCAGCGCUCGCGCAAGGAUCCCGGCAAGUCGGACGCGCCGUCGACCAUGCGGCCCUGCAAGUCGCUCAUGUCCAUCGCCAACGCAGGCAGCUCGGGGCUGCUGUCGCAUUCGCUGGGCCUGAGCAGCAGCCCCAUCACCGAGGAGCGCAAGGACGACCGCAGCUGGAAGGGAAGCCUGGGGGUUCUGCUGGGCCCCGAGUUCCGCGCGGACUCCCUGCGGGCCGAGUCCAUCUCCUCGUCUCCCUCACCUGUGUUCCCGUCCGCUCCCAUGGUGGCUGGACACUCAAAGACAGGCAGUCGGGACAGCUGUACUCAAACCGACAAAGGCCAGGAGUCUGGAAAAGGUGCCGGCGUGGGCACCGGCCCUGCCUCUGCCACUCUGCCCUCCACCUCGGCGCCGACCCGCAUCACCAGUCCAAGUCCGGUGUACAUCCCAGACCGCAUCGCAGAUGUUCCCAUGUUCCACAGCAGUACGCUGGAGCGGAGGCAGCCUACACAGUCACUGCCGCAGCCCAUAACGCAGCCCGAGAUGGACAGCGACAUGGUGGAGAUCCUCAUCUGAGCCCACUGAUCGGGGGGCGGGGGGUGAUCCUGUGCACACUACACACUAACUAACGUCUCUAAGGAAAAAAAAAAACUGUAAAAAGGUGAAGGAUCUCUUUCUUUUCAUCCUCUUGUAGUGGUAGCUGACAGACGCUGUGUGUAAAUGCACUGCUGCUUGUGAGUGAGAUUGUGUAGAAGAGACCCUGUACACCGUUCGUACUUUUUGUCCCCUCCUGCGAUCCGUUAUCCUUCUGUACAGUAUUGCUGGGGUUACUUCGAGCCCUCUGGACCAAACGUGUUUCUUACCCUUAAUCAUUUGUUGCACUAUUUUUUUUUUUCUUCUUUGCAUUUCUUCCCCUCCGUUUGCUACCUUCCCCCCCCCCAGUCUGGCUAUUUAUGAGUAGCUUAUAUUUACAGAUUAAACUAGGCACUUGGGUAGCAAGCAAUAGCAUGUUAAACCUGUACAUAUUGUACUAUGAUACUGUAGGGCGGGUUGUUUUUUAGUUUCUUUCGUAAAAUCGGAAUGGGAUAGACUUGCCACUGCUAAGAGGAGAAGCACUGGAGAAGCACUGGAGAAGCACUGGGAAAACAGCGUCCAGCUCCUGCCUGGAAACGAUCCUGUAACUGUGCUUGAAGACUGAAGGGACCAGUGACUCCACUGGCCUGGGGUCAUUCCGACCACGCUCGGGUGCAAGCCGGGGUCAUCGUGCCCAGCCGGUGCCAAACCACAGCCUCCCAAACGCCCCCCCCCCCCAGUGAAGACUGUGAAAUGGUUUUUGUUCUUCAGGGGGUCUGUUUCAGCAUGGACCGUCUUCGGUUAAACCAUACACGUGUUUCCGCCAAGGUGGCCGGUCCAACAUUUCACCGCGUCGCACUCCCAGAGGGUCCUGGUUGCUCUGUGGAGUCCCCCAGCCCUCACCAAGCCUGGGCCGUCACAUUCCAGGCUCAAGGCCACCCGCCCCCUCUGCCCAUUACUCUCGCCGAUCUCCGAAAGCCUCCCGGAGAAGAAAGAAAGAUGUGGCCCUGGGGGUCUCCGGAGGGUAGCAAGGGAGCUGGACAGGGGUGGUACCCACAUCGAACAGUAUUAGCCACUUCAGGCUAACCGGAUAGACCGCUGCCAAAGUCAGGACAAUUUCGUCAAUCCAUCCAUUAUCCAACCGCUUGUCCUGGGGGGGGGGGGGGGGGGGGUUACAAGGAAAGUCAAAGGGAAGCCACUGCUGUCGGUUCCGAUUUCAGAGUGACUGAUGGCGACCCCCCCCCCUCCCAAUGCCUGAAGCUGGUGUGUAACCUUGCCAGCUACACGUGUGGAGUGUAUAGUGAUCCGUGAUGAGCACUCAGCACAUGCCAAGACACACGACACUCAGUAUUGAUACACAUUCAGAUGCACAGAGCUAACCCGGAGUGCCGCGUCCCAGAGACAGCGCCUCCUAGUGGAAAUGUGCUGCUUUUCAGCCUACACCUGCCCAUCCUGUUUCAUUCUUUUACAACUCAUCUGAAACGCUCACAUUUCACUUUAUUUCUUUUUUAUCUGAUUACUUCUGAAAGUUUUUUUUCUUAAACAGGAAUAACACGAUCCAGGAAGCUGCAGAAUAUUUACAUUACAUUACGAUUUGUGGAGAGACUUCCACACUGUUUAAAUAUGUGGUAGAGCCACAUACUUUUUUUGUUACUGUAAGAAAAUGUGUUGCGGGCUUGUUUUUUGGUAGCAAAAAAAAAAAAUCACAGCAGCAAAAUCUGACAGUAUGCAGCAGCAUCGUGUGCGCUUUUAUGAAAAGGGAAUUUCCGUGGGUUAUUUUUAGAAGACCGUCGCAGUAUCAGUCCAGCUUCCAAACAAUGUCGAAAUGCUUGCAGGAAAUCUGUGUUAACUAGCUGGAUGUCGGAACAAUAGCAGUGUUCAUGUUCUCGUACCCGGAGCCAGCUCAGUGUAUUGGUUUGGCAAGUUUUUCAGCAGUUCCUCCAGAACGACUAUCUGCUACGUUUCGUCGUGUCGCCCGAGUUUCAACUUGCCAUCUCCUGAUAAAUUUCGGCAUUUUUUUUUUUUUUGCCAGUGUUACAUACCCAUCAACAUUUUGAAAUCUCCGCCUGACGCCCAUCUUUGUGACCUCUCCGUCUCCGUUCAGGAGACACAGAGGAUGUUGUUUGAAAAGCGGUUGAAAUCAACCGGAAUAAGAUUGAAUGUUUCUUUACAGAAACUGAUAAGACGUUGGUGUCCCAAAUGGGGAAAAUCAAUUUCAGCCUGCAUAUGGUCGCAAUGGGGAUUUGUGUGUGUGUGUGUGUUUUUUUAAUAAAUUUCUUUGGGUUUCA